AUGGAUAAACUUGAGCCAUCUGCUCCACUCGAAUUGGAAAUUUUUUGCAAAAUUAUCAAUGAAGCUGCACCUCGGCCAGAUAUUCUUUACCACUGCCUAGAUCAUAACACACCGGGGACGCUAGAAGAGCUUACCAUCGUCCUAGAUGACGGAUCCGAGGAUUUUCGAUUGUUUAUCGAGGCAGAGGACUCCAUAACUAGGCACAGUCACCCACCUAUCAUACUCAAACAUAUGACCGUAGAUCGCCUUGAAGCUGCGUUACUCUCCACUGUCACUCUACGACUGUGCGGUGCAUUCCCUUACUGGGUCAGUAAGGCCUAUCAUGGGCUCGUUGAGCUCUGCCUCCACUCCAAGCCAAACAACUCCGUGCCUCUCGAAAUCAGUCACUCCAGCCUUUUGCGUAUUCUUUCGCUGAGCCCCAAACUUCAAGUUCUCGAUCUAGAUAUCAAGUUCACAGCUAUAGCCGAGGGAUUCAUUGAAUCCGUCUAUCUCGAGGACUUGCGGAUUCUCAGAACAGGAUUGAUGUCCCUCCACCAAUUCAAGCACUUUGUGGAAUACCUGUUUCCUGGCCCUAGCCCUCUGACUAUGUGUUACCGGGCAUAUGAUGGUAAUAGUGUUGCGUCUAUUACCGAGAUAACUGCCUUCUUUUCACGGGCAAAAGUGGAGAGAACCUGGCUUAGGUCCAGUCAUCCAUAUAUGGAUCCUCGUGGCCUUGGAAUACUCAAGUUGGCUCCUCACACACGAGAAUUGGCACUCAGUCAGCUUCCUUUUUAUAACAUGCACGCGAGAAUUCAAGUGGAUCCCGGUGAUUAUCAAUACCACAUAGAUACGCUGUAUCUACUACCUCCCUGCAAAAUUUCAAUAAGUAAUCUCGAACAAAUCACAAAAUCUUUUCGAAUUCAAAAGGUUCGAAUACACCAUGCAUGCCUUGUUUUGGAAGAUGAUAAAUUGAUCCCCGCUUCAACGCUCCAAGAACGGAUGUCAAGUAUUUGCAAAGCCAUCGAAUGGUCUGAUGAGUAUAAACCACAUGGUUGGGGAAUUCCGUCUUUCCCAGCCACAACUCGAGGUUAG